CCCCCAGCGCGCAGCUGAGUCGGCGCCCGGCCGCGCCGGCCCCUUCCCAUGCGGGCGGCGCGGGCCCUGGGAGGGGCGCCCGCAGCCAGCCGCGCAGCAUGCACUGGGGGGUUGGCUUUGCCUCGUCCAGGCCGUGCGUGGUGGAUCUGAGCUGGAACCAGAGCGUCUCCUUCUUCGGCUGGUGGGCCGGGUCCGAGGAGCCCUUCUCCUUUUAUGGGGACAUCAUCGCUUUCCCUUUGCAGGAUUACGGUGGGAUCAUGGCAGGGCUGGGCUCCGAUCCCUGGUGGAAGAAAACCCUUUACUUGACCGGGGGAGCUUUGCUGGCCGCAGCUGCGUAUCUGCUCCACGAACUCCUGGUCAUUAGGAAACAGCAAGAGAUUGACUCCAAAGAUGCUAUUAUUUUGCAUCAGUUUGCAAGACCUAACAAUGGUGUCCCCAGUUUAUCUCCUUUCUGUUUGAAAAUGGAAACUUACUUAAGGAUGGCUGACUUACCCUAUCAGAACUAUUUUGGUGGAAAACUCUCUGCUCAAGGGAAAAUGCCUUGGAUUGAGUAUAACCACGAGAAAGUUUCUGGCACAGAAUUCAUAAUUGACUUUCUGGAAGAGAAGCUUGGAGUAAAUUUAAACAAAAACCUCGGCCCUCAUGAAAGAGCCAUCUCCAGGGCAGUGACCAAGAUGGUGGAGGAGCAUUUCUACUGGACGUUAGCUUAUUGCCAGUGGGUGGACAAUCUCAAUGAGACCCGGAAGAUGCUCUCUCUUAGUGGUGGUGGUCCCUUCAGUAACCUGCUGAGGUGGGUCGUGUGCCACAUAACGAAAGGAAUUGUGAAACGCGAGAUGCACGGCCACGGCAUUGGCCGCUUCUCAGAGGAAGAGAUUUACAUGCUGAUGGAGAAGGACAUGCGGUCUUUAGCAGGGCUUUUGGGUGAUAAGAAGUACAUCAUGGGGCCCAAGCUUUCCACUCUCGACGCCACUGUCUUUGGACACUUGGCACAGGCAAUGUGGACCUUACCUGGGACGAGACCUGAGCGGCUGAUCAAAGGUGAGCUGAUCAACCUUGCCAUGUACUGUGAGAGGAUAAGGAGGAAAUUCUGGCCGGAGUGGCACCAUGAUGAUGACAACACCAUCUACGAGUCUGAGGAGAGCAGCGAAGGCAGCAAAACCCACACGCCCCUGCUGGAUUUCAGCUUUUACUCAAGGACAGAGACCUUUGAAGAUGAGGGAGCAGAGAACAGUUUUUCCAGAACCCCAGAUACGGAUUUCACUGGACACUCACUCUUUGAUUCUGAUGUGGACAUGGAUGAUUAUACAGACCACGAACAGUGCAAGUGAUGUUCAGCCUCGCUGACCCUCUUCUGUGGGAGCUGCCACUCCCUGGGUCGGUCCAGUUUCCCAGGUAGAAAUCCAUCUGAGCUGGGAGAUCUUCGUGCUUGGCACAGCUCUCACAGCUAACUGGACUAUAGCAGCCUUAGUUCUUUUUUGUACAAACAAAACACAGAACCAUUCAGAUGGCUCCAUUUAAAACAAACAGGCAAAAAAAAAAAAAAAUGUCAGCAUGGUUCCUGAAAUCCAUUUUUGUUUUCAUUAGAAAACUAAUAUUGUGUGGGAGAGCAGGUGCAAGAGUGGGUUGUCCACAGAUGGUGUUUAGGUUGAUCCUCUUCAACCCGAGGGCUGAGUUUCGAGAUGGAUUCUUCAACAUCUUUCAUCCACUAGGGUUCGAAGUAAUGAGAGAUGUCGUGAGAAGAAAUGUAGGAGAUAAAUGCUCUUUGCUGGCUGCUUGUAUUUUAUGUGUGUAUAUUGUAUGUUGAGAUAUAAGUCAAAUAAAAUCCAUAGAUAUUCAGUGAACACCUGCUCUGUGCAAAGCACUGUGCUAGGUGCUAUUCAGUAUAAGUUUUAUUCUAAGCCCUGCCAGUGACGAGCUGUGUGAUUUGGGGCAAGUCCCUUAAUUCUUGUGUGCCUCAUUUCCCCCACCUGUAAAGUGGGGAUAACAAUACUCGCCACCUACCUCCCUCACAGGGGCGUUGUGAGGAUUCAUGUGGUAACAUUCGGCGCUUUAAACCUCUUGAAAGAGGUGUGACAUAAACACAUUUGAUUCUUUCAUGUGCUUCAUACGUGUGAAGAUUUGAGGGCAAAGGAAUCCCAUCUCCAGGCAACAGCAGCCACAGUCGCUCGCAAAAGCCAAGCAGAUGAAACCGACACAAAGGCAAAGUGAGGACUCUGUCAUCAUUCCUCUCUGAUCUUGAUUGAAUCGAAAUCUUUUGUUGAAAGAAACUUGGAAAUAUUUUUACAAAUCAUCGAUAGCUACAAACGGUCUUCAAUUCUACUGCAUAUUUGCGGGAAAGUCUUUCUUUCGUUGCCUGAAUGCACACUGGAAUGUUGUCCUUUGUCGACUCUGCAGUGUUUUUGCCUGUGUUUGAUUUAUGUGGAGGGAGUAAAGCUCAGGAAUAUGAUGGGUUUAAUAGAGGUGAAGGGGAAAGGAUCUGAUGGAUUUUUGUAAGCAGAAGCUUGCCAACUUGUAAUGUCUUUUUGAAGACACCUUGCAAGAUGUCUUGAAAGACGAAAUGGGAAGAGGAUCCUGUUACUGAUAACAAAGCACUUUGUGCAGUGUAGACUCUAUGCAGUUUUUCUAAUGCAACUUUUCUGGUGUUCUCAGCCAUUGCCCAGUGAGAGGAAGGCCACGCUGAGGACAAAUCUUAGUGUUUCUUGAGGGUCUUCCAUCCCCUCUCCGUACUCCCUCUCGCGCCCCGUGGAGCACAUGAACUCUUGGAGUUACUGUAUUUACUGAGGCACUCCAUCUCGGAAGACAUAGUUUUUGUUGACUAAGAACAUUUUCCAGUGAGACAGGGGUUGAAGAUCCUGGGGUGAUGACUGGGGAUUUGGGCUAGGAGAGUCACAAACAAAACUGCUUAGCUUCUGACCACAACUGACUGGGUAAGGGUUACUCAUUAUGGGGUCCAGAGGCACUUCUUAAAAGACAGCGACUUCUUCUGAGAAGUUCAUGUACUUUAAUUGAAAAAGACUCUCUUUGAAUAUAGCUUUCGCAAAACUAUCCUAAAACGCUGUGGAUUGCAAGAAGUAAAGGGGAGGAGUUUUUGAGAUUGUUUACCAUUUAAGUAACUGUGUAGGGCAUGUGUAACUGGGAAGAAAUGCUGAGAUUAUCUAAGUUAGAAAUUCUUAUUCCACAGAGAACUCAUUUGUUAGUAUCUUAUUGAAACUGUUCAUCUUUGAGAGGACUGUUUGAUGCCUAUUGAGAAUGUGGGGGAGAAGAUGUAGAUGGAUAAGCCUGUUUUGUCUCCAGCAUCAUUUGGGAGGACUGUUCGCCUCUUCUCUCUCUAGCAAGUGUGUUCCAAGGCCAGCUGGUGGUAGUUCUGUGUGACUAGGGAAACUCCUGGCCUGAAAAUGUAAAUGUAAUAAACAGGUGGACUGUGGACCUGUCUCCACAAAUACUGAGAUGCCUUUUCCCCACUCAGCUGGAAAGAGUUGUGUUUGAAGUUUUGCCUAUAAGUUAUUCUUACUGUAUAGCACCAAGUAUGUUGUAUCUCCACUUCAGGAGGGAUUAAGUUAUGAGUAUGUAGAUUCACAUAUGUAUUUUUUUUUGUGCAUAACUUGGAGGGCAAGUACAUGGGGAACCAAUGUUCAAAGUGAAGUUGUAAAAUAAUUCAUUCUUUCCGUGUACCUCCCACAGGGGCUUGAAUGGACAUUGCCAAUUGGAGUCUUGAGUACUGGCCUGACAGCUCAUGACUGGGUACUCAACAUUUUGUGGGUGUAAUUUGAUUUGGAACUCUGGAAGAGACACAGGUUUUCCUUCCCACUGUGGGUUAUGGAAACAAAAUGACCAAGAGGAAAUCACUGUGGUGUGGAUGACUUACAUAGUCCUUUUUGGGAGGGCUUUAAUUUUAUAUGGUUCAUGCUUAAGCUGCCCAGAUUUGAAGUGUUCUCCAAUUUGAUGAACAGGUGCUACUUAUAAGAAAAAAUAAGAAAUUAGGGGACAUUUUGGUCAUCUGGCUCACUUGUUCAAGUUCUGUGUUUCUUUUUUACUGGAAAGUGACUUAAGGAAGUGUGAUCUUUAAUGUUAACAGAUGCUUUUGGUUGGACAGAAGACCCACUGGCCACUUGUUCAUUUUUACUUUUCAUAAAAAUAAAUUCUGCCCCUCUGUUCACCUCCCUUUGCCCUUCACCCCUGUUCCUAUUCCUCAGGAUUAAUGAACAGCAGCAGUAUGCUUUACUCUGCAUAUGUCAGAAUAGAUAUAAGGACAAUACAAAUUUAUGCAGCAGUAAACUAUACUGUCAGAGUUUACCAUUUUGUUGUUUAACAUAAUGAAUUGUGAACAGUGACACUACCAAGGCUAUGGGCUAUCCAGCUGAGUGAUCACAGACUUAGAACAACUUGCACUUCAGUUAUAACUGCAGUCUUGUCCUCAAGUGAGCCCUGCCUGGUGUAUGCUGUGGUAUUAGGAUAUGUUUUUCUGAAUUAGCUACAGUUCAAGGAGUGGAAGAGCUCGGGAUUUUAGCCUCAUGGGUCUUGAGAGAAGGUGUAGAAUCAUAGGGAUGUAUAGUUGGACCAUGGAUUAGCUCUAGAAAGCCCCUUACAAGAGAGCCUCAAGGUUAUUAUUGGCUCAGUGUCACAGACACACAGUUUGAAGGGCAGGAUCCGGAACUGAAGUCUUUCACCUUGCCUUAGAUGGUUCUUGCCAUGACACCACUUUGACUUGGUUUCCUUUUAAAACCCACACUCCCUGAGAAGUUCAUAGAACCAGCACACCCACAGCUUCUCUCAGAGAGUGCUUGGGAUUCUCCACUCUUGUCCUCCCAUGUCUUUUCAGCUUGGACCAGGCCAAUUCAAGAGAUAUUUCUUAAGUAUUUACUCUGUGCAAGGCACUGCUAGCUCUGUGAAUGAUACCAAGAUGGAUAUCCAAAUCACCAGGACUCUUCAUUCCUGGCUAUCUUUUAAAGGCUCCAUGCCCAUACUCUCACUCAUUGGCUAUUUACUGAGCACCUACUCCAUGCCUGGCCCUGGGAUCCACACUGGAGACAGAGUGGUGAAAAGAACAGAUGUGGCAAUCUUUUUUAGGGCAUCCUCUUUGGCCUAGACUUCUGCAAUAGCCUCUUUUACAUGCUUGGCCACUUCUCUGAUCCAUUCCAGCCAUCACCACUAGAUUAAUCUUUCUAAAAAGUUCUGGGCUCUGAUGGGGUGCCAUAUUGUCUCAGGAUGAGGGUCACUCUUUAAGGCCUGGUAUUCUCACCUCUUUAUUCACCUUGUUUCCUGGGGCUUCUCCACGUGACUCAGCCAGUGUAUCCAGGCUGAUCCACUUGCUGUUGCUUAAGCAUGCCUCAUGUGCCCCACACACUGCCUCUGCUCCUGCCAGCCCCUCUCCUGAAAUGCCUGUGCUUCUGCGCUGGUCCACUCAUACCCAACUCUCCAGGCCCAACUUCGUCUGUUCAACAAGGAGAUGUCUUAGCUCAUCAUCAUCUCCCCUUCCUCUAGAAACACAGCACUCAUCAUUUCCUUCCCUGAAGGCUGCAUGGGAAAGGUAUGCUCAGAAAGUAGGUCACACACCAGAAAGUAGUUUUAAAAUUUUUGUGUCAGGGACUCCAUUGAUAAUCUAAUAAAAGUUCAAUAACCUUUUCCCAGAAAAAUGCAUACAUGCAAAUAUACAAAAUUUUACAUACAAGUUCAGGAGAUUUAGACACAUGGAAUUAUCCAUGGAUUCCUUAGGGGGUUCAUGGAUCCUAGUUGAAGACGCUUUCUUCUAAAGAGUCUUCAAAAAUUACUGUUACUAUUGUUAGUGUUCAUUCUUUCUUGUCUUUAACAUAUCCAGAGAGGAUAAAAAUUGGUAUGGGAUGUGCCAGCAAAAGUAAUCUCUAUUAUUAUCCACAUUGAGUAUGUGUUGAGUGACAGGGAAGGAAAGAAGAAGAGCUGUCUUACAUUAAUUAAGAAAACAUCUGUUUUGACAGGUUUGGCAUUUUGAAACUGACAAGAUUUUGCUGUUAGUUGUUGUUGUUGUCAUGUCAGUUAUCUUUUAACCAUCCAAAAAGUUGAUUUAUCAAAAUCCAGUUCAGGGCCAGGCAAGCUUCCUUUCAGCCCUGAAACCCACCACUUCUGCAUAGGUAGGCCUGGGGCUUAAGGUAGGAGAGAAGAGGCUGGAUUUUUUCCUUACAGGAAAAAGGUCUGUACAAUCAGGUUUUCCUGUAUUCAUUCAUUCAUUCAUCCAUUCAUUCAUUCAUAGAACAAUUAUUGAGUGUAUUUUCAAUAAAAGGAUGGUGCCUUUUGUUGAUAGGGAACUACUCAGGUUCUUCUUCUUCUUUUCUUUUUUUUUUUUUUACAGGGUGAAGUGAUUUUUAUUGCUCCUGAUUAUGACCCAGGAUCCUUUGUUCUCCUUUUUAUGCAGUGCUGUUUAAGUCGAACAAGAACUGAUGAAAGUACAUUCAAUGGCAAAUACUUCCUAGUCUAAAUGCUGGACUCUGCAACCCAUCUUUAACAGCUCUGGGGAUCAAUUGCGUGUGAUUGUGAAGUUCUUGACCUUUGUUCAGUUGCUUCCAGUGGUCUGGAUGAAACAUGGCAAAGUUCAAAAGGAUCCCCUUGGUGGGUGGGGCGGAAGGCACCUCUUGCCUACAGAACUCUUGUUAGUGCCAGGAGUAAAUGCAAACAUAUGUGAGGUUUUCCUCAAUGGAAUUCCUUACCAGAAACUUAGGUUUUUAGUCCUUGAUUUUAGAGAAUAUCUAAAAGAUAUUUAAGGUUUUUUAAUCUUUAAGAUAAGACAACUGGAACCAGCAACAUAUUGACCUUGCCCCUUAGAUAUGAUUCAGAAUACUGGAAAAUAGCUUAAAGGAAAGCAACUCACUGUUUGGGGGCUGGCCCUGUGACCUCCUCAACCAUUCUGACUCUUGUCCCCACACCAAAGCUCUCUGAAACUUCUGCUGCUGGCUAGACCAGGACAAAUGAGGAUGCUCAAAUUUCAAGAGGAUUAUUGCCACAUAUUGUCAAAUUUGUAGACAAAUAAAGGGAGCCAUUGCAAUAAUACAACAUAUAACUUAUGGAUGUGGUCUAGCCAGCACCAACACUCCUGAUCAUUUCAGUGGGGAAGCAAAAUUAUCUAGAGCAAAAGACUGAUACAGUACUUUGGUGUUCCGUACACAAAUAAUUUCAACCUUGAAGUUGAUGGCCUUCUUGAAUAUUUUAAAAUUGCUAUUGUCCUUAAUUACAGCUUUAAAUAUUUUAAAACAAUCCACUAACUGUAGAGCAAUAUAUAUUUAUGACAAUAGUUAAUUUUAUAAAAAGUAGUAUUACUAAAUGUGACUAGCUCACCUCCCAGCCCCCAUUGGAAGCAUCGUUUUUUUUUGUUUUUUUUUUUUUACUUUGUGGCUCUGGAGUAGAGUAACUUUGAUUAGUCAGUAAUAUUUAAAUCUUUUUCUUUCUUUAGUAUUUUUAAAAAAUUACCCCAUGGUUUAAAAACAGUGAGAUUCAGCUUCUAAAUUGCCAUGUUAAUUAGCAGUGGCUAAACAGAUAGCAGAGGAAAUAUAAUGUAAUUUUGUUCAUUGGAGGACUAUAAAAGAGAAAUACUUUGGAUAUUUACUAUCUCCUUCCUCUUCAAAAAGACAAACAAUAACCUGUGGACUUUUGCCUUUAACAGUUGUUCAGAAUUGGAAGUGUUCUCUCAUAUUUGCUUCCAUCCCCCAAUAAUUGAUCACAUUUGGCUUAUUAAAACAUAAACCAUGUCCAAAUGGUUGUAUUUUUAUCUUUAACAAAUUAUAUCUGAAAUUUUUUGCAGCAAUAAGACUAAAGGCUCAAAUUUUCGCGGGAUCACUCCUUCAGUAAAAGUGACAUGUUUAUGUUACUCCUGUCAAGAUGAUUUUACCUCAAGUAAUCAGUCUCAUGGGAUCAUGCUUAUUGCAAACAUAUGUUUUUCCCAGCGAUCUGCAUCAUGCAGAGUGUCUGACAACUCAAAUGUUGAUAAGGGUGAUGGUUUCUUGAUAGUGAUGGUUGGGAAGAGGAGGGUCUGAGUCCUUUAUUUGGUGGUAUUCUAGUUUCCUUGAAUCGGAGGAGAGAAGGAAAUAGUCACAGAUACUGGGACUUCAAGCCACCAUGUAGUAUGGCUCUGUUAGAGAUGUGUCAGGCACACUUCAAGUUUUCUAGGUGGUGGAAUCUUACUAAAAUAAUCCAAAGUACAGGUUUUAAAUAAAAAACAAAUGCAGUCAGGAGGGAAUGAUUCUUUGUGGAUAUACAAGUGGCCAAUGCAGGAAGCAUUGCACUAAUGUUGAUCUUUGUCUUAAUUUAUCUUCUUGUGCUCCCGAAUUGUCUCACCUGAAUCUUGGCCUGGAGAUGGGGCGCAGCGGAGAGUGGCUGGCCCCAAUGUGUUCACUCCUUUGAUUCUGGAACUCCCUUCUGGUCUCUCAAAAGUAUUUGUGGCAUAUAGUUUCCAUUUUAUAAUUAUAAAAUGUACAAAGUACUGUAUAUUUGUCUUAUAGAAGUCCUUUAAAUGUUAGAGACAUCCCAAAUCCUCCCUAUUUAGGCAGUGGUCUCCACACCUUUGUGUUCUUUCACCUCAUCAGUAAAACUUUUUGAGCAUGCCCCUCAGUGUAUUUAGUUAUAAACACACACGCACACAUACACACACACAGCUCACACUGCUGCACUGAUAUAUUAUGUACAUUAAAAACCAUGGCAAACCUAGAAAUUUACAAAGAAUAUUCUCCUGUACUCCAUAGAGUUUAGAGAACGGAGCGAGGGGUACUUUGGAGAAGCCCCUAGAAGGCUGCAAUUGAUUAAGAAUGUGUAUGUAACAUUUGUGGCAAAGUGGAUGUAAAAUAGGCAUGGAUGCAUGAUUUUAGGUCAAAGUAUUUAUUCUUAAAACAGGCAUUUUUGGUUAGGGGAAGAGAAGGGUGAAUAGAUGUCACCUUUACAAGAGCUCUUUUUAAUUCUGUUUUUGGGACCACUUGCUCUAGAAUGUCUUGAAAAUUCCAAAAAGAUUUCACAGCACUCUGAUUUAAGCAAAACAAGAAAAGAAAGAAGGGGAAAAGACCAAAUAUUGGAAACACAGGAUGGCCUGAGAAUUUUAGCACCCAUCUGAAAAGCGUGUUUUGAUAAUUCCUGGUAACCAUCAUAUCAUUGAUUAUGUCUUUCUUCUGUUUGUUUAUAACCUGGUGUCUCCAAAAGCGUAGAAGAUGUACAGAUUUAUUUUUAGAUAUCUGAGAUAGGAAGGACCAAUGCUGGUAUAAUUUGAACCCACAUUUCAGCUUCUUGAGGGCUGUUGGGUAGACACUGCCUGGAAACAUUUACCUACACCAUCUGUUUUGCAAACACAAUGACUAGCAUCUUGCUGAACAAGGCCCUCAAUGUGGAAGUGGCAUUCCAGUGUUUAUUUCUGGACCUAUGAGUUACUUUAGCACAGUUAUUCUUAGUAGUUUAUAAAGCCAUAUCUAAACUUGUACACUUGAUUGUAAGAUAGAUUUGAAUUGUGCACUAUGUUGAUUACUGUAUAUAAAUGUGGAAAUUCUGUAUAUUUGGUCUUAAUGCUAUAUGUAUUUGAUGUGUAAAUGAUAACUAAUGGAUAUGAAA